AUGGAAGCACAGGAGAUCCUGGCCAAUAUUGCCUUCACAACAUCGGGUGCAUUGGUUGACCUGGUGGACAAAAGAGUGAUCGUCGUGUUGCGUGAUGGCCGGAAACUUCUUGGUGUCCUUCGCUCCUAUGAUCAAUUUGCAAACCUUGUGUUACAAGAUGCUGUUGAACGAAUUUUUCUGGGGCAUAGAUAUGGGGAUGUGCCCAAAGGCACGUUCAUUGUGCGCGGCGAAAACGUCGUGCUGAUGGGCGAAAUUGAUCUUGAGAAGGAAGAGAAUAUCCCAGCAUCUAUUGCUUCAUCGAUACCCAGCACAGCUGUGCCACAGCUCUUGGAGACUCUUGCCGCCGAGAAUGAAUACAAGGCCAAAUGGGAGCAACGACGUGCUGCUGUGCUUCGACGCGAACGUGGCUUCUCUGGAGAGGGUGCGGAAGGCGAUAGCUAUUGA